AUGAUUGCUACUUAUUUAAAAAAGUAUGUUCGCAACGAACUAGACAAAAAAAUAGAAUAUCAAAAGACCAAAGUUCAGUCAAUUAAGGACCAAUUAAGAAGUUUAACUCCCUAUCACCAUGCCAUUGAUGCUAUCGUUUUGGCUCAUUUCAAAUCACGUGGCUAUAUUCAAUUGUUAGAGGAUUUAACUAAGAUUAAUCAGAGUAAAUUAAAACUCAAAAGACAAAAAAUUACUCAGGAACAGUUUGCUUCUCUUAGUCAGGAGAUUAUUGAGGCUUUAGAGGGUGCGGCUCAGCCAAAAAAAACUAGUAUUUUAGAGUUUUUUCCAAUUUCUAACUUAAAAAACAUUAUUGAACAAAGAAUUCCGAUUCAAUUAGAAAAAUCAGAAAAGGAACCUGAUUGGGACCAGGAAGAAAAAAAAGAAAUUAAGGAAGUGAUUGUUGAAGUCAAAAAAGUUCUAACUGAAAGCGAAUAUUACGAAAGGGUUAAAGAUCAGCGAGGGAAUAUUCAUUACCCUUAUGUUUCUUAUACCUUAGACCAUAAAGUAAAAAAAGAAUUUAUCGCUUCUGAGCAGUCAGGAUACAGAGCGGCAACGGGAAAACUAAUUCUUCCUGAUGUUUGCGAAAAACUAAGAAAAGAUGAGAAAAUUGAUUUGUCGAAGAAUAUUUCUUUAAGUAAGUUGGUAGAAAAAGUAGGAUUAGCAAAACUUAAUCAUGAGAAUGAUGAUAAAUCAGCAAAACUAAAAAAUAUUGAAUUACUUCGUAAGAAAGGAAAAAAUUUAGAUAGUGAAUUAGUGAAUUUAGUUGGUCUUCCUUUAAUCUAUACGGGAACCGAGUCUGCUAGCGUUUCUUCCAUAAAUAUAGUGGGAAUUGUUUAUGAUAAUAAAGAAAAUCUCCAAACUAUUUAUCCAGAGCAGGGCGAUAAAAUAAUUAAAGUUAGUAAUGCAGUUAAUCGGCGGGAAAAAGAAAAUCAAGAAAACAAGAAAAAUGGAAAAGAAUUUAGCCGUGGAAAAAAAAGAACCAAUCCCCCUGGUAUUCAUGGAAGCAAAAGAAAAAGGUAUUCUGCUUAUGCUUUGCAAAAUAUAGAGAAACAAAAAAUUCGGUUUCUUUAUGGAUUAAAGGAAAAACAACUUUACAAUCUCUUUGGAAAAAGCAAAAACAAGAAAGGUGAUGUAGGAGAUAAUCUGAUGAUAAGUUGUGAGUCGCGCUUAGAUAAUGUGGUAUUUCGCUCAGGGAUAGUUCACACUCGUCGCUUGGCUCGGCAGUGGGUUAGUCAUGGUCAUUUUUUGGUAGAUGGUCAAAAAGUAAAAAUCCCUUCUUAUCAAGUAAAACCAGAUCAAGUUAUUAGUUUACGAAGAAAAGAAAUGGCAGAAAAUAAACUUCUUAAAAAUAGUUUAGAACAAAAUAUCAAAGUUCCUCCUUACAUAAAUUUUGAUAAAAAAAAAUUAAUUAUUACUUAUUUGCGUUAUCCGGCAAGUGAAGAAUUUAAUAAAGGUAUUAACACCGAUUUAGUAGUUGAGUGA